UCCCAAAAUUAUCCCUCAUUGUGAACGAAGUGAGUUCUGCAAAAGUAGGGUUUUCUUACAAGCACAUCGCGCAGCCUCGCUUUUCUGGUUUGUGAAGAUGGGUCACUCCAACAUCUGGAACGCUCACCCAAAGAACUACGGCCCUGGCUCUCGCACCUGCCGUGUCUGCGGUAAUCCUCAUGCAAUUAUUAGAAAGUAUGGACUCAUGUGCUGCAGACAGUGCUUCCGCAGCAAUGCCAAGGAAAUUGGCUUCAUCAAGUACCGCUAAAUCUUCAAUAUGCAUUUCUACGAGGACCUCUCUUGCGUGUGGUGCUGGUAGAUAUCUGCAAUUUGAGCAUUUUUAUUCUCAUCUUCCUUCAAGUUAAAUGAUGUAAUGGGAUAAUUUUGAUUUUUGUUAGCUCUUGAAAGUGAACUAUGUGGUCCUAAAGACUAGCUUUUUUAUCUGAAUAUCUAUUUCUAUACUCUUCCAA